AUGCUCAUCGCUCUUCAAUUUCUGAAUCUCAGGGCCUUCCCAUGUCCUGACAUCUCAUCCUCUGCUCCUUCCGCAUAUGCGUCUUUGACUGCAAACGCACUCCGCAGCUCUCUGCCAGAGCCUACCGAUACGGUGAUCACACAACGCAUUCGUCCUUCGCUCUCCAUCGGGCACCGUCCGCCGCUUGUCUCUUAUAAUGCAAGACUCGGUGCUUCGCAGUCGCCCAACACUCGUUCUCUCCUUGGAGCAUCUCCACGACCAUCGUUGCAGAGAUUGCUGGCGCCGCCGCCUAGAGAGUUGACAUCGAUAAUAGGGGACGCAAUCGAGUCGAUUGCAACAGGUCUCGAUUCUUUAAAUCUGACCUUGACGCGCUCACAGAUACGGAACAGCUCAAGCUUCACCGAUUCAAUGGCUUUCAACUGGUACCAACGCUCGCUCGUGCUCGGAGACACUGGGGCUCGUCUCGCCAGCAUCCGCAUUCGCAAGCUCUGGAUUCAUGGGCGCGCGUUCAAGCCUGAGUCCCAGUGA